AUGCAACCCAUGGAUUCCGACCUUGAUCCUGCUCUUUUGCGAUUUGCAUCCCCUGUUUCUUCUGAUGAUGAAGAUUACUACGAUGAUGACUAUACUGGCGACGAUUAUAACGAUGGUGAUGAUGGCAUUGAUGUAGAUGAUGGGACCGAUGAUUCCAAUGUUCUGAUCAAUAGCGUAAAGUGUACUAGCAAGAAAAGCUAUGUGAUACUGAAAGAAGAUGACCUGUUUCAGCGUCAAGAGGAAGACAUCACUAGGGUUAUCGCGGUUCUACCGAUGAUGCCGAGAGAUAUUGCGUGCAUGCUGUUGCUGCGUUAUAAUUGGGUUGUGAAUAGUGUUCACGAAGCUUGGUUUGAAGACGAAGAUAAAGUUCGUAGAUUUGUUGGUUUACCGGACGUUGAUCCGGCUAUUAAAUUCCCUCAAUCAGGUAAAGAAUUUGUCGAUUGUGGGAUUUGUUUUGAAUCGAUUAGAAAGCGUAACACUGCGACAUGUGGAUGCGAUCAUCAAUUCUGUAAGACGUGUUGGACGGCUUACGUUUGCACCGCCAUCGACGACGGCCCUGGAUGCUUAACUCUAAAGUGUCCGGAACCUUCUUGUGACGCUGCUGUUGGUCCGGACAUGGUCAAAGCGUUAGCUCCGGAGAACAAAAAGAAAAGGUACGCCCGUUUUCUUCUCAUGUCUUAUGUCGAGAGCAACGAGAAGAUCAAAUGGUGCCCUGGUCCAGGUUGCGAUUACGCUGUAGAAUUCAACGAUGAUUCCGAAACUGGUAACUACGAUGUUUCUUGUCUCUGUAAGCAUACUUUCUGCUGGAAGUGUAUGGAAGACGCUCAUCGUCCUCUAGGUUGUGAAACCGUAGCUAAAUGGGUUCUCAAAAACAGCACAGAAGCUGAAAACACAAACUGGAUCCUCGCAUACACAAAGCCAUGUCCGAAAUGCAAACGAUCAAUUGAAAAGAAUCAUGGUUGUAUGCACAUGACUUGCAGACCUCCAUGUGGAUUCGAGUUCUGUUGGCUAUGUCUUGGCCCAUAUGUAGGACACGAUGGAAGAGCAUGCAAUCGAUAUACCAAAUCCCAAGAAGGUGGACUAAUUCCCGAAUCUGAACGACAAAGAGAGUUAGCUAAAAAAGCAAUAGAAAGAUACACACAUUACUAUGAACGAUGGGCUGCAAAUGAAAAAUCAAGAAAACAAGCACUUUCAGACAUGCACAGGAUCGAUGAAAUCCAUAUCAAAACACUCAGCUUGAAUUUCUGCCAACCAGAAUCACAACUACAUUUCAUCAUAGACGCUUGGUUACAAAUAGUUGAAUGUAGAAGAGUUCUUAAAUGGACAUACGCAUAUGGAUACUACAUACCCAAAGAAGAAGAAGCAAAAAAAUCUUUUUUUGAAUACGUACAAGGAGAAGCAGAAUCUGGAUUAGAAAGACUCCAUCUUUGUGCAGAAAAGGAGCUUCAAAGUUACAUUACAAAAGAAGGAGAUGAAAAGGAAAAACCCAGUGAAGAACAGUUUAGUAAUUUCAGAGUGAAGUUAGUGGAUUUGACUAUUGUGACUCGAGCUUAUUUUGAGAAUUUGGUGAGGGCUUUACAGAGUGGGCUUUCGGAGGUUGGAAAAAGUGGAAGUGGUUCGGACCAGGGUGCAGCAGGUGGUUCGAAGGGUCGAACCAGGGGGAACGGUGGUGCUGAUGGUUCCAAGAGGAUGAAGAUCACAAUGAGGGUUGGUGAAUCGUCGAGUGGUGAUUAUGAUUUGUGA